GCGUGACGGGCGGCGCCAUGAGCGGGCAGGCAGAGGUUAAAGUGAAAAUACCUUUUGGAAACAAAUACCUUGAUGCUAUCUUUUCUGUCCCAAAGAAGAAAUCAACAUAUGGAGUGAUUCUUACCCAUGGAGCUGGAGGAGAUAUGAAUUUCCCUCAUUUAGUGUCUUUGGCUGCUUAUCUUGCAUCCCAUGGAGUUCUGUGCCUGCGGUUUACUUGUAAAGGCCUUAAUAUUGCCUAUAGGACUAAGGCCUUCAAAACAGUUGUGGAAUACUUAAAGCUUUCUGAUGAUUAUAAACUUUCGGGUGUCUUCCUUGCAGAUACCCUUUUUUCCUUUAUUUUAACAUGUGAGAAAGGCCGUUCCAUGGGCUCACGAGCUGCUGCCUCUGUGAUACGUCAGCUUAGCCAGGAUGAUGAUGAUGACUUCAUUCAAGGUCUAAUAUGUUUAUCUUACCCGUUGCAUCGACCAAAACUUCAGUCCAAGCUACGGGAUGAAGAUUUAUUACUCAUCAGGUGUCCAGUGCUGUUUGUCUCGGGAUCAGCAGAUGAAAUGUGUGAAAAACAAUUGCUAGAAGGUGUGGCAAGCAAAAUGAAAGCCCCUAAGAAAAUCCAUUGGGUUGGUAAAGCAAACCAUGGGAUGGCAGUCAAAGGACGGACAACAGAGGAUGUCAUGGAAGAAAUAAAUGCCCAAGUUUUUUCUUGGCUUAGAGAGAAUAUUGAACUGGAGCACGAAUGAUUUGCAGUAUCUUCAUUUAGCUGUUCCUAAAUGUGGCAGAUCAGUUUAUUUCUGAGGUGUUGUUUUUUUAAAAUGGGUGUUUUCAGAGGUCUGAGUGUAAAUGCAAAUAAAACUUUUUUUGUAUGAAUGAAAAAAAAUUAUGCAAAACAAUAAAGAACUUUUUAAAGGAAAGAAAAAAUUUACAAAAUACUUUAUAUGGCAGCACUCUUUCCUGUGUUUCUCUGCCAAUAACUGUAUACAACACUUAGUAAUGGAGAGCACUAAGUAAAUGCUUUUGACUAAUACUUGAAGUAAUAUACUGGAAAAAAAUAUAUUUAACAGCAAAUCUUUAGGUGCCUUUCACUUUUGAGUGUACUACUGAUGCUGUUUGUUUGAAAUGAAAACCUACCGCUGUGCAGAAUUCCACAAGCACAGUCCCCGAGGCUGGCCCGGAUCGGUUGUGCUACUCUGCCGUGGUGCCGUCCCCGGCACUCCCAUGGUCUUGCGAGGAGCUGUUGUGUAAACAUACGCCGGGUCAGCCCUGGUGAGCCAAGAGGGUUUCUGUCAUGUUUUGGUAAGGUGCUUAGAUUGGAGAGCUUUAUUUUGUAUAAAAAAAAUCCAUUCCAAGACUGUAGGCUCGUAUGGUUAAAUUGUACCAUAUAUUGUUUACCACACGAUCAAACAAACCGUUCCUUAGGCUUGCUUUUGCUCUAGUAAAAAUAAUUUUGCAGGUGAAAGUUAAAAAUGUUUAUCAGAUGAUACAAUAUUCUUCUGUUGUUUCUCACAAGAUGCCUCAAGAAUGCUGAUGGCCGAGCAGUAAUGUUCAUAGGCAAAGCACACAUCUAAAUGUUUGCAAAGAAAAGAGCUGUAUGGAUUUAAAAUUGUCUGGCUGUGUUACAGAGAAAAUAAAUCCUCACUGUGGACUGGAAA